GGGCCGAAUCGGUACCUGGCAGAGCGGCGCCAGCUCCAUCCCCCGAGCCUGUGGCGCGGGCCCUGUUCUGCCGCCGUGUUUCUCGGCGGAGUGGAGUCGGCCGCGGGGCCUGCGGGGGAUGCUCCGUCCCGGUUCGGGCGGGACUGUGCGCGGCGGCCGGGAGCGGCGGGCGGCGGCGGCGGUUGGUGAAGGGCAAUUGCAGCAAUGGACUGACUGGUAAAGAUGGAGAGGGGAAGAGGAGGAGGAGGAGGAAGGAGUGUGGGGGGCUCCAGCCUGCACAGGAGCAUUUACUCCCAGUCUCAACAGCAGUAUCACUAUCCUGCCUCCUCUCAGGGGGGCUGCAUGGAGAUCCAGGAGCUAGCCUCCAAAAGGGUGGACAUCCAGAAAAAGCGAUUUUAUCUGGAUGUGAAGCAGAGUUCCCGAGGCCGCUUCCUGAAGAUAGCGGAGGUCUGGAUAGGAAGAGGCAGGCAGGAAAAUAUCAGGAAAAGCAAACUGACUCUCUCCUUGUCUGUGGCUGCUGAGCUGAAGGAUUAUCUGGGAGAUUUCAUAGAGCACUAUGCCCAUUUGGGCCUCAAAGGCAGCCAUAGUCAUAGACAUGAACACAGCAAUGGCAAAGAGCAAGAUUUGAGAAGACGGCAACAGCAUCAUCUGCCUUCGCCUCCAGCAUCUGUUGAAUCAGAAGAGCAUCCUCACAGUGUCCUGAAAACUGAAUAUAUAGAAAGAGACAACAGGAAGUAUUAUCUAGACCUGAAGGAGAAUCAACGUGGGCGUUUCUUAAGGAUUAGACAAACCAUGAUUAGAGGACCGGGCAUGAUAGGUUAUUUUGGCCACAAUUUGGGACAGGAACAGACUAUUGUCCUUCCAGCCCAAGGGAUGAUUGAAUUCAGGGAUGCUUUGGUCCAGCUAAUUGAAGAAUAUGGGGAGGGAGAUAUAGAAGAACGACGAAGUGGGGGUGAUGAACCCCUUGAGCUUCCAGAGGGGACUUCCUUCAGGGUGGAUAACAAGCGGUUCUACUUUGAUGUGGGAUCUAACAGGUAUGGCAUUUUUUUGAAGGUAAGUGAGGUGAGGCCACCUUACCGUAACACCAUCACUGUCCCGUAUAAAGCGUGGACAAGGUUUGGGGAAAACUUUAUCAAGUAUGAAGAAGAAAUGAGGAGAAUUUACAACAGCCAUAAAGAGAAAAGAAUGGAUGUCACAGGUGACAGUGGUGAAGAGCAAGAGGGUCUGGAAUAGAGUGCAUUUGAACUGGUCGUCAGGCAAAACAGAAAACCAUAAAUUGGCUGGAGGUAGUUUGAAUAUUUAGUAGUUUGAAAAAAUUGCCCCUCAUUUUUUGUAAGUCCUUUUCCUGUUGUUAGUAAUAACUCCAGUAUAUAAUACUUCUGAAGUCUGGUUAUGUUAAAUGACACCCAACACAGCUCUCUAAUUCCUAUGGGAAUAUCAGCCUCCCAAAUCUAAAUGAAUCAGCUGUUUCAAGUGUUGAAGACUAUGAAAGUAUGCAUAUCAGCACAAAAAUCUGACAUUCUGACCCUUAAAUAGUCUAGGUAAGGCUUGUGUUGCACUAGAACAUGACGUACCUUAUGCUGAAAAGUAUUGGUUUCUGCUUAUGACAGGUUUUCCAGAACUAAAUAUUGUCCAUGCUGAGUUAAAAUCUGAAACGGUUAACUACAGGUCAUUUACCACAGAAAUUGACUUUGUAUGUAUUUUAUCUACUUAUACGAGGAAAGGUAGAAAUUUUAAAUCAAUUUCACUAAUUACUGAAUUUUAAGCAAUGUUCUUUAUGGAUAAACUCUCGA